AUGCUUUCAUCAUCAUCAUCAUUGAAACUUGGUGGUAGUGGUCAAUCGGAACCAUUAACUCGUCUUGCAUGUAUUCGUCAAUGUCAAGAAACAGUUCAAGAAUUAGUUAGUAAACCAACAGAAAUCUGUUUAUGGCUUUAUCAAUUAACACGUCCAAUAACACAUCAUCCAAAUCUUCAACAACAUCAAGCACAAAAUCUGGCUGAAAAACGUACACGUUUUGAAACAUUAUUAAAUGAAAUAACAUCACAAUUGAAUUCUUUAAGACAUUUAUUUGUACGUCUUCGUGAAAUUCAUGAAUAUGUUUUAACACGUGAAUCAACAGCAACAACAACAACAAAUAGUCCAGAAUUAUCACGUUUAUUAAAACAAAAGUCAAUCUAUGAAGAAAUUCUUAAUGAAAAACAAAAUCAAUUAAAAAUUAUUAUUGAUACAAUACGUGAUAUAACUUAUCAAAUAAAUACAAUGAUUGAUUUACGUUAUGAUGGAACGAAUAAUACAUUGAUGAACAAUGCUAAUACACAAGAAAAAUGA